AUGUCAACACUNUAUUAUUUCGAGUACGACGUUAAGGACCCUCACACCGGUGACUUCAAGAGCCACAAGGAACAGAGGAAAGGCGACCACACCGAAGGAGUCUACAGCCUCGUCGAACCCGACGGUUCCAAGAGGGUAGUCGAGUACGUCGUCGAAGGCAAGAAGGGAGGAUUUGUACCCAAGGUACACAGAGGACCCGGUAAACUCGUUGACCACAAGCACGGCCAUGUAGGAUACGUCCACGCCAACUACAACUUCCACCAAGGGCAUGUUCAAGAAGUCCAGUACCAUUCUGGCGGACACGGCGGACACCAGGGAGGUUUCGGAGGUCACGAAGGUGGAUUCGGAGGUCACCAAGGCGGAUUCGGAGGUCACCAAGGCGGAUUCGGAGGUCAAGGUGGAUUCGGAGGUGGACACGGAGGAUACUAA